AUGGAAGUCAAUAGAGACGAAGCAAUCAGAUGUUUAGAUAUUGCACGCAAUCGUUUAGCUUCAGGAAAUAUAACGGGAGCAAUUAAGUUUGCUCAAAAAUCAAUUAAUUUAUUUCCAACACCCGAGGCUCAAACUUUUCUUAAAAGAGUUGAAUCACGUAAAACAACACAAUCACCAAAUGAAAGUAACAAUGAUAGAAGCGCUUCACCUCCACCACCUCCUUCACCUUCAAGUUCUUCUAGAGAACAUAAACAAGGAAGACAAACUAGAGAAUAUACUACCGAGCAAGCUGAAGCUGUUAAGCGAAUAAGAGCUUGUGGAGUACACGACUUUUAUUCUAUUCUUGGAAUAAGCAAAGAAGUUAGCGAUUCAGAAGUUAAGAAGGCUUAUCGAAAGCUGGCUUUACAGAUGCACCCGGACAAGAAUGGUGCUCCGGGAGCAGAUGAAGCUUUUAAGUUGGUUAGCAAAGCGUUCCAAGUAUUAAGUGAUCCACAAAAACGCGCAGCUUUCGAUGAAAAUGGUGUUGAUCCAGAUUCACGUAAUAGUGGAAUGCCACCCGGUUUCGGAGGAGCACGAUUUAAUAAUGGAUUUACAAAUGGAGCAGUCUUUGCUGAUGAAAUUUCACCCGAAGAACUUUUCAAUAUGUUUUUCAAUGCGGAUGGAUUUCAUUCGGCAACAUUUGUUGGGCCAGGAUUUAGAGCACGUCGAUUCCAACCAAGAAGAGCAUCACCUAACGGAGAUGGUCCACAAGAACAACAAUCAUCAGCAAUUCUUACAUGUCUUCAACUCUUGCCACUUAUUUUACUUUUCUUCUUUUCAUUAUCAUCAAACUGGUUAACACAAACUCCAGAACCAAUGCCAGCAUAUUCACUUCAUCAAACAGAUUACCAUACACAAUCAAGAUAUACACAUUCAUUAAAUGUUCCAUAUUAUGUAGAUCCAAAAUCAUUUUCAUCAUUGGAACAAAACCCAAGGAAAUUACACAAGUUUGAAGAUAACGUUGAAGUUACAUUUGUUAAGUCAUUAACGUCACAAUGUAAUAGUGAAGCAAUUUUUAAACAACGUAGAAUAAAUGAAGCAAGAGGUUGGGUAUUUCAAGAUGAAGAAAAACUAAAAGAAGCUCAACAUAUGAAAUUACCUAAUUGUGAAAAAUUAAUGGACCUUAGUAAAACUAAAAGAUACAAUGAAGUACGGAGAAUGAUGAGAUCUUGA